CUGAAGCUGUCCCACUGCAGCGUCCUGCCGGGAGGAGUUACCAUCCACGAGACGCUCAACAAUGUCAUCGUCCUCAUCUGCUCCAAUCAGAGCGUCCACAGGCUGCUGCUGCCCCACCCAACACGCAUGUACCGCAGCGAGCUGGUGAUGGAGGUCCACAUGCAGUCUGUCUUCACUGAUGUGGGGAAGCUGAGUCUUGAGGACGCCUCUCACAGUGCCAUCAUCCCCAGCUCUGUGGGACAGACGGGGAGUCCCAGCAUGUCCACGUCCUGGAUCAGUCAGUCCGGACACGCUCACUUCGCUCUGUCCUCACCUGCAGGAGGCAUCACUGUGCUGUCCCUGCCGCCGCAUGACUCACCUGGCAGUGUGUCGGUGGUGGAGCUGAGGCGGAGCUCCGUGAUGCAGCGGUUGUCGGGCUGGAUGCCGUCGGCGAUCCGGGGGGACCAGAGUCCGGCAGACCUGGUCCUCAGUCUGGCUGUCCGAGAGCUGGAGGAGGACUCCUUCAUCUUUGCUCUGUGUCACGACCACAGACUGCGCAUGUGGUCCUUCAGGGUGAGAUCUGAAGAAAAAAAGGAAAAACACCCCAAAAUCAUUUAAAAAUAUGAUAAAAACCACCCCAAACA